AUGGGAGCAGAUGGAGGAUCCAUUCCCAAGCGAUGUGAAAUGGUAAAAACCGCCAAGCGAAACGAGCCUCUCAGCUCGUCUGCCCAAAUAGUGGCAAACUGGACGACAUGUGAACUUUCCAAGGAGCCUCUUGUAUUUCCUGUGGUCUCCUGUCGUUUAGGUCACUUGUACUCCAAAUCCUCCAUUCUGGAGCUUUUAAUUUGCAGAAAACAAAAGAAAGAUUUUCCAUUUCCAGAUGGUCCCGAAAAGUUUUCCUAUAUAAAAUCCCUGAAAGAUCUGCAGAAUUUAUCCAUCAAAACCGACUUUCUUAGCUAUGUUUGUCCGGUUUCCGGACGCUCACUGAAUGGAGUCAACCCCUUUUUCUUCAUCUGGGGAUGUGGAUGCAUAUUUUCAGAGUGUAUUUUAAAAACCGCAAGCUUUUCCACUUCUCUGUGUCCUGUGUGUUCCCACCAAUAUCUGAAAUCAGAUAUUGUUCCGUUUAAUCCUAUAACCAGCUCUUCAAGGUCAAAUGUCAGCAGGAAAAUAGUUAUCGGUCAGGAUUAUGUUUUUGCCACCGCAUCUGAUCAUCUUGUAAAUGACCCCACCGUUGGCCAACCAGGUAGAAACCUGGAUUACCAUCCGCCAAAUCGGUCCGUCUUCAACACAAUGGUGCAGCAAAAGCUGACGAGUGCCAAAGAAAUAUCUUCCAUCAACUCUAUUUACACGAAAACCAACAAGCAAGAAAAUCUUUAA